UGCUUCUCCACUUUAUUCCUCUUCCGCUGCGAUGGAUCGCUUCCUCGCCGGCACGAUCGUCGCCGCUUCCUUCCUCCUCUCGCUGCUGCUUGCCGACGGUGCUCGCAACCCCAUAAGGUUACCGUCCGACUGGUUCGAUGGCGCGAGGGCUAGCGGCGGACGCGGCGACGACGCCGUUGGCACCCGGUGGGCCGUACUCAUCGCCGGAUCCAAAGGCUUCUACAACUACCGACAUCAGGCAGAUAUUUGUCACGCAUAUCAAAUAAUGAAGAAUGGUGGACUAAAAGAUGAGAAUAUUAUAGUGUUUAUGUACGAUGACAUUGCAUACAACAUGGAAAAUCCUAGACCUGGGGUCAUAAUUAAUCAUCCGGAAGGUGGAGAUGUGUAUGCUGGAGUUCCAAAGGAUUAUGUUGGACAUGAUGUUAAUGUGAACAACUUCUUGGCUGUUCUCCUUGGAGAUAAAACUGCUGUUACUGGAGGUAGUGGGAAAGUAGUUGAUAGUGGUCCAGAUGAUCAUAUUUUCAUAUUCUACUCUGAUCAUGGUGGGCCUGGGGUUCUUGGGAUGCCCACCUAUCCAUACUUGUACAGUGACGAUUUGAACGAUGCAUUAAAGAAAAAGCAUGCUAUGGGAACUUACAAGAGCAUGGUAUUUUAUCUCGAAGCUUGUGAAUCAGGAAGUAUUUUUGAGGGUCUUCUCCCAGAAGACAUAAAUAUUUAUGCAACGACAGCAUCAAAUUCCUAUGAGAGUAGUUGGGGAACUUAUUGCCCUGGAGAGUACCCAGGGCCUCCGCUAGAAUUCUUCACCUGCUUGGGAGACUUGUAUAGUAUUUCUUGGAUGGAGGACAGUGAUAUACACAAUUUACGGACUGAAACAUUGAAACAGCAGUAUCGACUUGUUAAAAUCAGGACUGCAGUUGACAGUACAUAUAGGUAUGGUUCACACGUCAUGCAAUAUGGAGAUCUAGAACUCAAUGUGCAAAACCUUUUCUUAUACGUGGGCUCCAAUCCUGCCAAUGACAAUUCCACUUUUGUCGAGGGCAAUUCAUUGUCAUUCCCAAGGGCUGUCGUUAACCAACGAGAUGCAGAUCUAGUUUAUUUUUGGCAUAAGUAUCAAAGAGCACCUUUAGGCUCUUCUCAGAAGCUUGAUGCCCACAAGGAGUUGCUUGAAGUAAUGUCUCAUCGGUUGCAUGUAGAUAAUAGUGUAGAGCUCAUUGGGAAUUUGCUGUUUGGUUCCAAGCAAGGCUCAGAAGUGCUCAAAACUGUUCGGCCUGCAGGCCAACCUUUAGUGGAUGAUUGGUCCUGCCUCAAGUCGACAGUAAGAACUUUUGAAAUGCAUUGUGGAUCUCUCUCUCAGUACGGGAUGAAACAUAUGCGCGCUCUAGCAAACAUCUGCAAUGCUGGUGUCAGCGCCGAGACAAUGACAGAAAUCUCUGCACAAGCUUGCAAUAGCAUCCCCACCAACCCCUGGAGCUCUCUCCACAGUGGUUUCAGUGCCUGAAGGGGACAUGAACAGGCACCAUUGUGUUAAUAGGUGUACAUAAGCUGAUAUCGAAGUGGCCUUGAACAGUUGCCAUUGUGUUAAUAGUUGUGCAUAAGUUGAUAUUGAAGUUGCUUAGCUUUUUUCACUGGCGCUGCGAAUGUGUUGCACAGAGGCUGGUGAAAGUCGCGUGCGGCUAGAUACAGUGAAGUCUUCGGCUAUCUUCUCCUGCAAUGCGAUGUGAAUAUAUUGCAGAAUGGCUGGAGAAUUUUAUGCAUCUAGAUGAUCCUUUUGUCCAGGGCGGUGUAAAAAUUAUAGUUGCCUUGUAUGCACUCAAAUGUGUUAUUUGCCUGUAACUUUGAACAUUGUGGCCCAGUGGAAUAUAUGUAAUCAAAAGCAUACAUUUUAAAGGAA